AUGACCACUUCAUGGUCCCUUUACUCCCUUACAUACUCGAGAAGCGGGCUACUACUUGAUCCCAAGAGAACUCAGGCAUUGAUCUCUAUACUUCUGGCCGAAAGCGCCUUGGUCUCGGCCUUUUCUAGUCCCGUGAUUGCAAGCUUGAUAGACAGCAGCAAUUCAAAACAAAGCUUCAUGCUCGCUUCUCUCUGCCUAGCGGGUUUAAGCACGGCGGUCAUGGCUGCUGCAAAAGGUCUGCCCUGGAUUUCUAUCGCUCGAUUGAUACAGGCGAUUGCUGAUAAUGCAAUGUGGAUUGCCGGAUUUGCCACGAUAACGGACACUAUCCCAUCUGAUCGCUUUGGUCAAACCAUGGGAUUCUUGAGUAUGGGGGUUGCGGUUGGAACAUCGGCCGGCACCAUAGUUGCUGGCUUGUUAUUUGAAAAGGGCGGGUAUUGGACAGCUUGGUCUAGUGCAUUUACCCUUCUCUUCAUCGACCUGUCAUUGCGAAUCUUAAUGACUGAGAGCCCUACGAUGGACAACUCGGAGUCUUUGGACCAAGCAAUUGAUCAAGAAGACGAUCCUUUACUUCCUCACUCGCACCAUCGGAACACCAAAGGACUGUCGCAUCUCGAGUCCCAGCCAACUUCCGAGUCGAAGUUAUCCGGUAUUUGGUUUUACGUACACUUCUUUCGCCAGCGUCGGUUUGUGACGGCAACCACUUCAUACGCCUUCUACGCGAUGCUGGUGACAAGUUUUGACACAACGCUCCCCAUGCAAAUACGGGUAACAUUCAAUUGGGGCACUCUACCGGCUGGAUUGCUUUUUAUCGGUCUUCAGGUUCCAGGGAUUUUGCUAACGCCGCUUUGCGGCGCACUCAAAGACCGUGUGGGAACACGCUAUCCGACUGGAAUUGGAUUUUUGUUGUUCGCCCCUUUUUUCGGGCUACUAGGGAUUCCUGGAUCGAGGGAGGUCUCGUGGGCCAGCGGUGACUCCACAGCUGGAAAGGUCGUUUAUGUUGUUUCAGUGAUUAUGGUUGGAUGCUUUUUUUCCGUUUUCAACGGAUUGGCAUUUCUGGAAGCCACAUGUAAGUGCAAAAAGCCGCAUUUCUGCCUCCUCCUGCAGCAAGAGACUUUUUUUUCUAAUUCGUGCCAAAAUCUCGAUACAGUGACCGUUGAUGGAAUUAAAAGCACUCAUCACGGCAUAUUCGGAACAAAUAGCGGUUAUGCAAGAGCAAAUUCAAUCGCAAGGAUUUCAUGGACUAUGGGAAUGUUUCUGGGCCCCGCCACUUCGAGGUCGCAAAGUGGUCAUUCCAAAAAAAGGCUUUCCCACUUAGGACUG